AUGAGCAGCGAUUCGUUCCAUUCCGAGCCGCCCUUCUCGGUCGACGUGCUGCACCCGGCUGACGGCUCUGCUCGGCCGCCGCUGGAAUCGCUCCUCCCGGGCGUCUAUCGCGAAGCGGGCCAGUCGGUGCUGACGGUGCCGGCGCUGACGGCGGCGUAUCUGACGGCGGAGCUGGACCUCGGUCGUCUCGACGACUACAGCCACCACUGGUUCUGGCUGCUGGACUCGCCGGCUCUUCCGCGGCCGCUGCACGACUGCAGGCACAAGUCGCGCGUCAUCUGUCUGACGGAGCGGCUGGACCGCCACCUGGGCCUGGGCCUGAGUGCCGGUGGUGGUGGCAGUGCCAAGCAGACGCUGCUAUUUGUCAAGCCGCUGCCGCGUCUCUUGCUAGACGUGCGCUUCUGGCAGAUGCUGUCGUGCAACCGUGGAGACAGCUCACACACCCACGCCCACUGCCCGAAACACCAUCUCUGGGAAUGCGCCCUCGGCUUUCUCUACUCGUACGCAGCCCUGGUGCCGUGCGAGAGCGACUUUCGCCUCGCCCAGCACCACGGACUGCUGCCGGCCGAAGUCGCCUGGACUGGCUGGCGCGUGCUCGUCGGCCAGGUGGCCACGUGUGCGGACGUGCGCGGCCGCCGGUUCCACCAGCGCUUCCGGUACGGCGAGCUGUGGCUGCACCGGCUGCGCGAGAUGGCGCAGCUGCGUCGCGGCGGGUUGCUGCCCGUUCUCGUCGGCCGGCUCGACCGCAUCGGCCGCUUCUUCCAGGACAACGUGCGGUCGCUGGCGUCGCUGGUCGCGUACAUGGCCGUCGUGCUGAGCGCGCUGCAGACCGGCCUCACGACCGUCCGCCUGGCCGACAGCGCCGCGUUCCAGUCCCUGGCUGCCGGCUUCACCGUCUUUGCCCUCGUUGGACCCCUCGCUGUCGUCCUCGGCUGCGCCCUCUACUUUGGCGCCUCGCUCCUCUACCACGUCGCUGUCCACUUCGUGACCGGUCACCUGCGCGCAGCCGACGGCGGCACCACGUCUCGCGAAGACCUGGCCGCCUACGGGCACUGGGACGAAAAGAGCGAGGUAUAG